GCACUUAAGUCACUUUUAAAUUGUGCAAAAAAUUAUUUGUUUAUUUUUUCAAUCGACCAUAAUUGCGAAAUUAAUGCAAAAUUCGUCACUUUAAAUACCAAAAAAAUCUUCAAAAAUCGCCGGAAAAUCCGCGUAACCCAAAAACAUCAAAAAAACAACUAAAAUCCACUCCUCAAGUGCCGUACUGCGAAAAAUCAUAUGAUCCACGUGCGACACGUACGAAAUAAAAACAACUUUUUUUUUAAUCGGAACCUCCACGAAUUCUAAUCCAUUAAAAUUCGUAAAUUAUUCCGAGAGUCACGUGACCGAGACAAAAAGUGAAACAAAUUCACGGGAGCAAAAGUCACUAACGGAAAUACUCGCGGGGAUGACAUAACAUCAUCACGGCAGAGACAGACACAGCAAAAACACUCAGUCGACAUUUUGCACGUCGAGCAGUCGAAUCGGUGUCGUCGUCAGUGCGAUUGCCAAAUUGAUAUUUAAUUUCAUGUUUUAGAAGCUGUGUGGACAGCAGAGACUUAAUUAAGUGAAAAUUCCGAAAAAUAAAAAAAAAUAAAAUUCUGGAGAAAAAAAUGUUCGUCGGCGAAUUAUUAAAAAGAGAGAGAAAUAUCAACAAUUCAGAGACUAUGAUGAAUAAAAAUAAGAAGCGGAAUAGUGACACUGUUGAUUUUUGAUAUUUUUUACACACGUUACAUUUUUUCGUUCGUUAUAAGUCUAUAAUUUAGCUCGAGAGAUUUUUUUUUUAUUUUAUUUAUUUUUUUUACACCCGCGUCGAGAUAGAGACAUAUGUUGUCGUGUAAAAAGUAAAUAAAAAUAAUAAAUAAUUAGAGUGAAAAUUGAUUUGGAUUUCGUUCGUGAGCUAUUCCUGCCUACUAAUACAGCAAAAAAAAAACUUUCAACACAACGAAGCGAAAAAAAUUGAAAUAAAAAAAAACGAGAUAAGAAAAGUUGAUUAAAUGUGGAAAUAUAUUUACUUCUACGGCAACAAGCAUAAGUGAUAUUGCAUCGUCUACCACUACAAACCACACACGAAAGACACACAAACAACCAACCAUCCACAUUAUUCAUUCGCGUAAAUCAUUUGUGAAAUAGUUCUGAGACACUUGACAUAUAACAGUUAGUGCAAUUUUCUACAUGGCACCUCAUCGCAAUUGAAUAACUUAAUUAAUUAAUUACAAUUUUAUUUAUUAUUUAAUAAUAAAUAAAUAAAAAAAAACAAACAAACGCCCAAACACAAAAUAAAAAAAAACAAUAGAACUACUCGCAAAAAGUGUGCUGCUAAAAAUAAAGACAUUUCAAGUGCUUUUAAAUUAAACCACUGAGAAAUUAUUUACAAUUAUAGUAAAAAAAAAAAAUAAAUAAUUAAAAGAGACAGAAGCGUAGGUGACGAAAAUGACGUUACAAUCAAUCAAGUACAAGGAAGGGAAGCUGGAGAUUCUGGAUCAGCUGCUGCUGCCAUCCAUCACGAAAUAUGUGAAUGUUCGCGGUGUCGAGGAUGGCUGGAAAGUCAUCAAUAAGAUGCAGGUUCGUGGGGCGCCAGCAAUUGCCAUUGUUGGUUCUCUUUCGCUCGCAGUGGAGCUUUUUGGCGAGACUUUUGACAGCAAAAAGACGUUGCGACAAGAGAUUGAGGGCAAGCUGAAUUAUCUGGUAUCGGCAAGGCCUACUGCGGUGAAUAUGAAAGUGGCAGCUGACGAAUUGAUUACUUUGGCAAAUGACUUGUGCAAAAAUGAGGCAGUUAAUGUGGAUGAAAUGAAGCAAAAGUUCCUAGAAGCUACUGAAGCAAUGCUCGCAAAAGACAUUUCCGAUAAUAAGGCCAUUGGAACGCAUGGCGCUGAAGCGAUUCUUGCAUCUAUUCAGGGAGAUGGGCCUUUGCGUGUGUUGACGCAUUGUAAUACGGGAAGUUUAGCUACUGCUGGAUACGGCACAGCUCUCGGCGUCGUUCGAAAACUCCAUGAACUAAAGCGUCUCGAACACGUUUACUGCACGGAAACUCGCCCGUACAACCAAGGAGCCCGUCUCACAGCCUUUGAGCUCGUUCACGAUAAAAUCCCGGCAACUCUAAUUCUCGACAGUAUGGUUGCCGUACUCUUUAGAAUACGAAAUAUCGCAGCUGUCGUUGUCGGAGCCGAUCGUGUCGCUGGCAACGGCGAUACCGCCAACAAAAUAGGCACAUAUCAGAUUGCGGUGGCAGCAAAAUAUCACGGCGUUCCGUUUUAUGUGGCAGCUCCCUUGACUUCCAUAGACCUGGCGAUACCGAGCGGCGAUAGAAUUGUGAUUGAGGAACGGCCUGACAGGGAGAUGACGCACGUUGGAGAACAUCGGAUUGCGGCACCUGGCAUUUCAUGUUGGAAUCCAGCAUUUGACGUAACGCCAGCUAGUCUUAUCAAAGGUAUCAUUACCGAAAAGGGCAUCUUCGAGCCACAAGAACUCAGUAGUAAGGUUCAAGAAAUACUCCAACAGAACGGCAACACAUAAUGAUUCUUAUUUAAAAAAACAAAAAAAAAAAAAUGAUUAAAGUUGUUAAGAAAAAAAAUGCUUCUAAAAAUUAUACAGGACAAUAUUGUUGAUUAUUUUUCGCCAUUACUCUAAAAAAAAAGUUUAUGAUUUAUAAAAUAUAAAAUAACAAUAAAAAGCAUGUGCGCUUAGCUUUAUUAAGAAUUUAUUAUCAGUUUAUCGUGCGCCGUGACCACUUGUCGCGAUCCCACAAAUAAUUAUAUUUAAAAUAAUGUUAGAUGUGAAAGUUUUAAACUUUAUACACGAUACACGUACAUACAUACAUACACACACACACAUACAAACACGACUUUAAUGAUAAAUAAUAAUAAUAAUGAUAAUUUUAAUAAAAUGUGUUCCAAUAUACAUGAAAAAAAAACCUUAAAGGGAGAACCUAAAUACUAUAAUUUUAGAAAUUUAAUAUACAAAAAAAAAAUGAAACGGUAGAAAAGAGAUAUUAGGAUGUUUUAAAAUAAAAAUUUAUUGAUUUUGACACGCAAACUGUCAUUUUUCAUUUUUCGAUCGCGCGCGAACUCAAAACUGAUCCAAAAGUUAUUUGUCACGAACAAUUAGAAAUAUGUAAGUUUAUGCCCAAUUAUUAAAACAAAUGUGGAUGAAAAUUAAUUUUUGGCAACUUUUCUGACACAUCUGCAGUCCGACACAAAAGAGGUAAUAAUCCACUAAUUUUUGCAUAUAUUCACAAUAAAUGUGCAUUAAUUUUGAUGCGCGAUGGCCUUCACGUUAAAAGGUAUUGUUCGAGACAAUGAUUUUUCGGUAUGUGACAUAAUCUCGCGUGAAAAUCGUCUCGCAAGCAGAAUUGAUAGACUAGAACGUUUUUUUGGCGCGAAAAUUUCGUGACAUGUUUUUGUUUGGGAAACGCCCGAUUGUGACAUGGGGCGGAUGAAAUUAAUUGAUUGCAAAAUGAGUUUAGUGAAAAUUUGUUGAAAUUUGGCUUAAAUUUUAAAAAUUAGAUGACGAAAUAAUUUUUUUUUGUAUGAAAUGGAAAAAAAGAAAAAUUGCUGAAUUUUGUUUAUAAAAUAAAUAAAUUUAUUCCAAUAUUUUUUAUAAUAAUUUUGCAAUAAGGCGCCAUGAUGGA